CCGACGCAGAUGAUACGUUUGGGUGUUUGUUGCAUAAUUACAUGGAAAUCCACGCAUUUUUGCGGAGGAGUGUCGCUUCUAUAGAAAAAGUUUAUUCAUUAAUGUCUUGGCAGUAAAGUGAGAUACCUAACCCGUGCAUUUGUGAGUUUGUGCCUUCAUAUGGUAUCGCUGAGAAAUCGUUCCUGGUGUGUCGCGUAUAUAAGCCGAUAGGUUGAACUUAGUGGGUUUCAGAGACUGCAUAUCCCUGAUUAUAGUAACUGACUACUUGAAAGAAUGGCUCCUCAAGAGACUGCCGCGAAUGGUGUGCUGUUCGAGCAUGACGCGGAGACGGAGGACGUGGCCCUGGCAAAGAUGCCAGUCCAGCAAGCCGGGGACACCAAGUGGAACUACCUGUGGCAUAUGAUCCUCCCUGGUCUUCUGCUGUAUACAUCCGGGCCGUAUGUAGGCUACCUGUUCCUGGUGUCGGCGAAAUGGCAAACGAAGUUAUUUACCAUCUUCUUGUAUGUGACGUCAGUUUUGGGCGUUGGAGCGGGAGCCCACCGGCUCUGGAGCCACAGGGCCUACAAGGCUAAAUGGCCUCUUCAACUCAUUCUUAUGAUCUUUCACACUAGUGCUCUCGAGUACUCGGUGAUAAAUUGGGUGCGCGACCACCGUAUGCACCACAAGUAUGUGGACACAGACGCUGACCCGCACAACGCUACACGUGGCUUUUUCUUCUCCCACGUCGGUUGGGUGAUGAUGGAUAAACAUCCGGAGUUCGAGCGCAAGAGCAAGGGGCUGGACCUUAGCGACGUUGAAGCUAAUCCUAUACUGCGCUUCCAACAAAAGUAUUACGUAAUCCUGGUCACGAUUAUUUGCUUCAUCCUCCCCACUUUUAUCCCGGUCUACUUUUGGUACGAGACCUGGAUAAACGCCAUCUUUGGGCCCGUGAUAUUCCAUCAUUUCUGCGUAUUCAACGCCAUUGGAUUAGUUAACUCCGCUCUUCACAAAUGGGGGUACAGGCCCUACGACAAAAACAUGCUGGCUACAGAUAUUAGUCUUCUCACUCUGAUAAUCCUAGGAGAAAACUACCAUAACUAUCAUCACGCUUUUCCUUGGGAUUAUAAGACGUCGGAACUCGGAGGAGGCACGUUUAUGUUGACUACGGCGUUCAUAAAUUUAUUUGCAAAGAUCGGCUGGGCUUAUGACUUGAAAACUAUCUCUAAUGACGUCAUUCAGAAGCGUGUUAUACGUACUGGAGAUGGCUCGCACCAUAUUUGGGGGUGGGGCGACAAGGAUCAAACCAAAGAAGAAGUGGAUUCAGCUAUAAGAAUAUACCCUAAAGAUGAUUAAAUAUCUAUGCCUUCUCUUCGAAUGCAAUUUACUUUAGGAUCUGCUAAUGUAUUUAUGUUGCCUAGUUCAUAUAUAUUACGUAGAUUAAGGAAAUGUACGAGAUAGUAUUUUAUACAAUCGUAAUAUAAUAGAGAGCUUUUCAGUCGAGUACCGUGUUUAGGCAACGAAGCUUGCUGAGUUGCCUAAAUGAGGUACGAGAUUGAAAAGCUUGAUUAUAUCACUAUUGUAUACAAUACUUUUUUAUGGGUCAUCUAAAAUAAUACUUUUUACAAUCAAACCGAAAUAAUUAAUGAAAAUUGGUAUCUCAGUAGACAAAAUACAUAAACGCGCGACUCCACGUGAUCCCGCGUACCGCGCCAGUUUAGUUUUUUUAUGGGAGCGCGGCGGCACGUGAUUGGUAUUUUUUUUACAGUUGACUACAGCGUAUCGAAAAAAAUAUUACAGUGGAGUUGGGAGUCAAUACAUGAAAAGUUACAAUUACAGUUUGGUAUACGAAAUCUUAAUUCAACCAUUAGAGACGACGAGUAGAAAAAAUGCUAAUAA